AUCCGAUAAUAUACUAUUACCCAUAUGGCUAUGGCACUGAGUGUUACAAAAGCAGUAGCCAUGCUCGUCUCUAUGUUAGUUCUUUCCUUCACUAUUCCUUCCUUAGCAAUUUCCAUCUCAUCCUUUACUAAACUCCCUUUACCACCACAAGUCAUGGGUCCUGAGGCUUUCGCCUUCGACUUGCAGGGUCAAGGACCCUACACCGGUGUUCUUGACGGUAGAACCCUCAAAUAUCAGGGUCCUAGCCUCGGCUUUCUAGAUUAUGCAUUUGAUUCCCCAAACAGAUCGAAGGCGGCUUGCGAUGGAAAUACUAAUCCUUCAGCUUUUGGAGGUAUAUGUGGAAGGCCGUUAGGUAUAGGGUUCCAAUAUACAGGGGAGCUGUACAUCGCCGAUGCUAACCUUGGGCUUCUGGUGGCCUCAACUAAUGGAAGACUUGCAAGAGCAGUUGCCUCUAGUGCUGAAGGACAGCCUUUCAAGUUCCUUGAUGGUUUGGAUAUUUACCCACUUACAAAAACUGUUUUUCUCACUGAUGCUAGUUCAAGAUUCAAUUUCAGUGAACUUGCACAAGCUGUGGCUGCCAAUGACUCAACAGGAAGAUUUAUAAAAUAUGAACCAAACAUAAACACUACAACUGUGUUAUUAAGGAACCUUUCAGCCCCAGCAGGUGUUGCCGUUAGUUUAGAUGGCUCAUUUGUCCUUGUCACUGAAUAUUUAGCUAACAGAGUUCUAAAAUAUUGGCUUAAAGGUCCCAAAGCCAACACAUCAGAAGCUCUGGUAACUUUCCAAGGCAGGCCAGACAAUAUUAAGAGGAACCCUCUUGGUGAUUUUUGGGUAGCAGUAAAUGUACAGGAGACACCAACUGCACCAAUUGUGCCUACUGCAGUAAAAAUUAAUUAUUCUGGUAAAAUUUUGGCAAGUUUUCCUCUUAGUGACCAAUAUAACACUACAACAAUAAGUGAAGUUAAUGAGUAUGAUGGGAAUUUAUAUAUUGGGUCAUUGGAAACGAAGUUUGUUGGGAAAUACAGGAUUAUGUGAUUCUAUAUGUAUAAUUAGAUAUUAUCUCUUGAUAAUAUUAUAAUUUAGUAAUUAUAUAAUAGAAGCAGCUCUAUGCUAAAUAAAUGUUGUAAUGGUGUUUGUGGCCACUAGCUACAAUUGCAACUUCCAAAUAAAUACGAUCAAUUUCUGGAAUCA